GCGCGCGUCGACGGGGCGGGCGCAUGCGCAGGGGGGCGCGCCGCAUCUGCCCCGCGGCGAGGGUGUCUAUGGAGAGGCGGAGGCCGCGGCUGCCGAGGCGGAGGCUGAGGUCGCGGCGAUGGCGCCCUUCCCCGAAGAAGUGGACGUCUUCACCGCCCCACACUGGCGGAUGAAGCAGCUGGUGGGGCUCUACUGCGACAAGCUUUCUAAAACCAACUUUUCCAACAACAACGAUUUCCGCGCUCUGCUCCAGUCUCUGUAUGCUACUUUCAAGGAGUUCAAAAUGCACGAGCAGAUUGAAAAUGAGUACAUUAUUGGUUUGCUCCAGCAACGCAGCCAGACCAUUUAUAAUGUGCAUUCUGACAACAAACUCUCGGAGAUGCUGUGCCUCUUUGAAAAAGGACUGAAGAAUGUUAAGAACGAAUAUGAGCAGUUAAAUUACGCAAAACAGCUGAAAGAGAGAUUGGAGGCCUUUACAAGUGAUUUUCUUCCUCAUAUGAAGGAGGAAGAGGAGGUUUUCCAGCCCAUGUUAAUGGAAUACUUUACUUACGAGGAGCUCAAGGAUAUCAAAAAGAAAGUGAUAGCUCAGCACUGCUCUCACAAGGACACAGCUGAGCUCCUCCGAGGCCUUAGUCUCUGGAAUCAAGCUGAAGAACGACAGAAGUUUUUUAAAUAUUCUGUGGAUGAGAAGUCAGAUAAAGAAGCGGAAGUUUCCGAACCCUCCACGAGCAUAAGCCACCUUCCUCCAGAAGUGAUGCUGUCUAUCUUCAGUUACCUCAACCCUCAGGAAUUGUGUCGCUGCAGCCAAGUAAGCUCCAAGUGGGCUCAGCUGGCAAAAACGGGAUCGCUGUGGAAACAUCUUUACCCCGUUCACUGGGCCAGAGGUGACUGGUACAGUGGUCCUGCAGGUGAAGUGGACACCGAACCCGACGAGGAGUGGGUGAAGCACAGAAAGGAUGAAAGCCGUGCUUUUCAGGAGUGGGAUGAAGAUGCCGACAUCGAUGAGUCAGAGGAGUGUGCUGAGGAAUCGAUUGCUAUCAGCAUUGCACAGAUGGAAAAACGUUUACUCCACGGCUUAAUUCAUAAUGUUCUACCAUAUGUUGGCCCUUCUGUAAAAACCUUAGUAUUAGCAUACAGCUCCGCAGUGUCCAGCAAAAUGGUCAGGCGGAUUUUAGAGCUUUGUCCUCACCUGGAGCAUCUGGACCUCACCCAGACUGACAUCUCAGACUCUGCAUUUGACAGUUGGUGUUGGCUGGGUUGCUGCCAGAGUCUUCGGCAUCUUGAUCUGUCUGGAUGUGAGAAAAUCACCGAUGUGGCUCUAGAGAAGAUCUCCAGAGCUCUGGGGAUCCUGACAUCACAUCAGAGUGGCCUUUUGACAACGUCUAAAAGCAAAAUGACUUCGACUUCGUGGAAGAAUAAAGACAUUACCGUGCAGUCCACCAAGCCGUAUGCGUGUUUGCACGAGUUAGCGAAUAAAGGCGAAGAAGAAGCAAUUGAUAAUGAGCACCCCUGGACUAAGUCGGUUUCUCCUGAAACUUUCCGUUCUCCAUACGUGUGGAUGCUAGACGCCGAAGAUUUGGCCGACAUUGAAGAUGCUGUGGAGUGGAGACACAGAAACGUUGAAAGUCUUUGUGUUGUGGAAACAGCCUCCGGCUUCAGCUGUCCCACUGCUGGGUGUUACGGUGAGGACAUGGUUGGACUAAGGACGAGUGGAUGCUGGCAGCAGCACUGUGCUUCUCCCGCCUUUUCCUACUGUGGCCAUUCCUUCUGUUGCACAGGAGCAGCCCUGAGAACUCUGUCCACACUCCCAGAGUCCUCUGCGCUAUGCAGAAAGGCAUCAAGGACUAGAUGGCCAGUGGGGCAAGACUUCAUUUUCUCUGGGAGUGAGAAAUCCGAGCAAGAGACUGGCCGCGUACUUCUGUUUCUCAGUCUGUCUGGAUGUUAUCAGAUAACAGACCAUGGUCUCAGGGUUUUGGCUCUGGGAGGGGGACUGCCUUACUUGGAGCACCUGAACCUCUCUGGGUGUCUGACGGUGACAGGCGCGGGCCUGCAGGACCUGGUCUCCGUGUGCCCUUCUCUGAACGAUGAAUACUUCUACUACUGCGACAACAUUAACGGUCCUCAUGCUGCUACUGCCAGUGGAUGCCAGAAUUUGCAGUGCGGUUUUCGAGCCUGCUGCCGCUCUGGCGAGUGA